AUGCGUUUCUUCACUAUUGCCAUCACCUCGCUCGCCGCUUGUGCGUACGCUAUGCCGCAAUUGACUGGGGGCAUGCGCGCGACUGAUACCAGCAAACAGCCGCGCGAUCAAGCCCAAGGCACCGAUGAGAUCAACAUCCCAGAACAUUUUGCCUGUACUCAGGACAGCGACUGCGUGAUACGCAACGUUGGGAACUGCUGUGGCUAUUAUCCAAAGUGUGCAAAUGCCGACGCGGAGCUCCCGGAUCCCUGCCCAGGAGGCGGCAUGGGUGUCUGCGGGUUCCCCACGAUUAACAGCUGCAAGUGUGGCAGCCGUGGAGGAUGUAUCUCGCUCCAGGGCAAGACCAAAGUUCAUGGGCGUGAAUUUGAUGACUGA